AUGAGCAACAGUGAUAGAGUACCAGUUCAACCUAGCGCUGAGAGUCAGGAAGACGGCGCUGAGGCGACUGAGAAUGGAGCGGUCUCAAGCGACAGAGAAACUGAUACACCAACGAUGUCAACGCCAUCCAGAGGCGACGGUUUGUCAGUGCUUAAUGGAAUGUUCGAGAGUCACGCAGGAAACGGUACGGCAAUUAAACGGCCCAGUAAAAUUGAUCUAGCUCCGUGGUCCGUACCUGCGUUGGCGCAAUCGACUAUUCAAGGAGUGAGUCUACCUUUUCUGGCCAAUACAGCUAAUCUUCAUAACGGAUUGUGGACCCAAGGACAAAGUAACGCGGGUGGAAUGCAGCAUGGACCUGGAAUCCAACGGCCGGCUACCGGACACUUGACGUUAAGCCCUGGAGUGCACUCUACGGAUUUAGGACACAAGAAAACUCUAUUGUCAUCGGAACAGAUAGCGGCCCGCCAAGUACUGAACAAAGACUUACCCGUGUUUUCCGGUAAGCCAGAAGAGUGGUUGUUGUUUAUAAGCCACUACGAACAAUCUACUGAAAGAUGUGGAAUUAGUAACGAAGAGAAUCUUAUUCGGCUCCAAAAGUGCUUAAAAGGAGCGGCUUGGGAUGCCGUUCGAGGAAAGCUAAUGUGUCCAGAGACGGUGCCGUAUGCAAUCGGUACGUUACGGAUGCUUUAUGGAAGACCGGAGAUUAUUCACUCGAGCCUACAAAGGAAACUAAGAGAAGAACCAGCGGCACGCUUAAAUAAUUUGGAUUCGGUUAUUCAGCUAGCCUUGGCAGUGCAGAACUAUUGCGCGACACUGGUCGCAAUUGGGCUUAAAGAGUAUCUGCACGAUCCAGCUUUACUAGGCGAGCUCGUCGAUAAGUUGCCGGGAGAAUUGAAACUCGAUUGGGGAAGACACCGAAUGACUCUAAUUGGAUGUGUGGCUAACUUGUCUAUCUUUGACAAUUGGUUGUUUGGCAUUGCAAUGUGUGCCUCAAUGGUUACGCCGUAUACAGUUCCAGCUAAGGAUGGAGCAAAGAGAACCAAAGAGCGAAUUUUUCUGCACAACGAAUUGCAAAGUGGAUCUAGUCAGGAAUCGAAAACACAAGAAGUACGCAUCCGGUUGUGCCCCAAAUGUGCAGGGAGUCAUAACGUAGCAGACUGUCGCCUCUUUCGAGAAAUGAGCAUAAAGCAGAGAAAGGAGUUCGUGCGGCAAAAAAGGCUCUGCUAUUGUUGUUUUGAUCAGCACGUGAUACGGAAUUGCAAAAGUAAAAGAAGUUGUGGUGUCGAUGGGUGCAGGCAGAUACACCACUCGUUGAUCCACGAGACAGCGGACUACAAGGAAAGCAAAUCGCAGUGGCAGACGAAUGAGGAUGAUAAACCAAUUCAUCCACCAAUCUUAUUCCAUGGAGAUAUAACAAGCAAGGCUUUAUUCAGAUAUAUGCCAAUCAUGUUAUACGGAAGGAAGCGAAAUUUAGCGACAUAUGCCUUACUGGACGAGGGAGCCGCUUGCUCUUUGAUUGAAGAAACUCUGGCAGACGAGUUAGGACUAGAUGGCCCGGCCGAAGAACUGUGCUUAAAGUGGACCAGUCAAGUCACUCAAACGGAAAGCGCGUCCAAGUAUGUGAGUGUCGGAGUGUCGUCGAUGUGUCAAGGUGCGACGCAAUUUGAACUCAAGAGUUUGCGCACGGUACGUAAGCUAGACUUGCCUACGCAAACAGUUACCGACGAACUGGUAACAUCGAGAAAGCAUCUACAGUAUUUACCAAAUUUAAGUUACUGUAACGUAAAAGCAAGCUUAAUUAUUGGUCUGGAUAAUUUGAAAGUUUGUGUGCCUUUGGAGAUACGGGAGUCCGAAGGAGACGACGUGGUCGCGGCGCGCUGUAGAUUGGGCUGGUCUGUGUAUGGCCGGCACAGCGACGCCGCUCCAGCGUCCUCACACAUAUUGCACAUAUGUGAGUGCAAUGAAGCGAGCAGCAUGGGCGCUUUGGAUGCGUCAAUGAAAGAAUACUUUGCUAUGGAGUCCUCGGGAACACGUGUGCCAAGUAAGCCAUUAAGAUCGAAAGACGACGAGCGCGCGUUGCAGAUUAUGGAGGCGACCACAAGUUAUUGCCCGAUUGACAAACGUUGGCAAACUGGACUGUUAUGGAGGUUCGACAAAGUAGAUCUACCGGAUUCAUACUCAAUGGCCAUGAGGCGUCUUCAGUGUUUAGAAGCGAAAAUGGCAAAGGACAUCGAUCUUAAAAGCUUUAUGUUGGACAUUAUGCAAAGCUAUGAAGAAAAGGGAUACAUCCGGAGAUUAACAGAAAGUGAGCUAGAUAAGGGUAAAAGUUCAUGGUUUCUUCCUAUAUUUACAGUCACUAACCCAAACAAGAACAAGACGAGGCUGGUCUGGGAUGCAGCUGCGAAAGUCAACGGCACGUCAUUAAACGACGUCUUGCUAAAGGGCCCCGAUAUACUGGCAUCUCUAGUUGGCGUGUUAAUACGUUUUCGGGAGCGACCAGUAGCAGUGGCUGGUGACAUAAGUGAGAUGUUUCACCAAGUAAGAGUGCGCCCAGAGGACCAGACGGCUCAGAAGUUUCUAUGGCGCAGUGGAAAUUCGGCUAAAGCGGCAGAAACGUACGUGAUGCAGGUUAUGACAUUCGGUGCUUCCUGCUCGCCGGCCUUAGCUAAUUACAUAAAGAAUCGCAACGCAGAGCGGUUCAGAAAAGAAUCUCCAAGAGCUGUUGCGGCCAUUUGUAGAAACACGUUUGUCGACGACUGGCUCGAGUCGACAAACACCGAAGACGAGAUGACGGAGUUGGCCAUGGAGGUGCAGAGAAUUCACUUGGAGGGUGGAUUCAACAUGAGGCGCUGGACCUCGAAUUCUGCGAGCGUAGUGAGAGCGCUCAAGAACCAAGAAGGAGACGUGCCUAGGGAGGUGGGAUUCCUUGAAAAAACGCUAGAUAAGGUUUUAGGCAUGUGGUGGCUGCCCGUGACAGAUCAACUUACGUAUGUAGUCAAGCCGGAUUUGCUUGAAAGAGCAUCGAAAGACUAUCCGCCCAAAAGAACUGUGUUAAGUGUGGUUAUGUCAAUUUUUGACCCACUUGGAUUGCUUGGCUUUUUCACUGUUCGUGCUAAAAUUAUUUUGCAGAAUAUCUGGCGAGCAGGAACGGAUUGGGAUGAGUCUCUUCAGGAAGAGGACCAAGCAGACUGGAAAAUUUGGGUGAAGCUGUUACCCAAAAUCAACGAAGUGAGGAUUUCAAGGUGCAUGCCGAAGGUUUGUUGUGCAAGACGAGUACAACUUCACACGUUUGUGGACGCCAGCAUCAACGCUUAUGCAGCGCUUGUGUACCUGCGAGCAGAAGUGGAUGGAAUAGUCCACUGUUCCCUGGUAGCGUCUAAGACACGAGUGGCCCCCUUGAAGCCAGUCUCAAUACCACGGAUGGAACUGAUGGCUGCUGUUUUAGGUUUACGGCUGACGAAAUUCAUCGAACCUGAACUCUCAGUAACCGUAUGUCAGCGUAUUUUCUGGACGGAUUCGAAGGACGUUUUAUGCUGGAUUAGAUCAGAUGCCCGCAAAUACAAUCAAUUUGUGGCAUUGCGAGUUGGAGAAAUUCUGGAAGACUCUGACGUGCUAUCUUGGCGAUGGGUGCCCACCCAGCAUAACGUUGCAGACGAUGGCACGAAAUGGACAAAGAUGCCAGACAUGACCGGGAAUUCAAGGUGGUUUGUUGGCCCGAGAUUCUUGUAUGAACAAGAGACACAAUGGCCUAGCAUGGAGCAGAGCCCGAGCAAGACGAGUGAAAGUAUCUUGCACCACGAGGAGAAAGUCAAAGGGAACUCUAGUUUGGCUUGCAUCACACCUGAUCCGGAACGAUUCGGAACGUUGGAAAAGCUACGGGCGGUACAAAAGCGAGUUCUAAACUUUUUGCAAGGCAUAUGUAAGAGGCCUUGCGGAGAACAACUGAUGAACAUUUUGGCUAUAAACCGCUAUGUGGAAACCGAUGCAGUUUUUAUUCGUGCAUGCCAAGAAGAGGAGUUUCCAGAAGAGAUCAGAUGCUUAAACCAAGGACAUAGCAUAACAAAUAGGAAAAGUAAGCUAUUUAAGUGCACUCCUUACCUGGACGAGUUAGGAGUGCUACGUAUCAAAGGACGAAUCGACAGAAUUGAAGGAGCGUUUGUAGCCAGAAGAGGGGUGCCGCGUACCAUACUAUCGGACAAUGGUACAAAUUUUAGAGGAGCCAGCCGCGUAUUGAAGGAGCACAUAGAACGGAUAUCAACUUCAGCUGUGGAACAGCAGUAUCCAACGUUGGAGUUCAAGUUUAACCCUCCCAGUUCACCGCACAUGGGCGGCGUUUGGGAGCGACUG